AUUGGAGAACUGCAAAAGCUGCGGAAAGGAAGUGUUCCAUUUAUAGCAGCUGAAGUGGACACACGUGGAAUUAUGACAUCCAAGGUCCGACGUGUUGUGACUGACUUCUUUGCCAAAACUGAAGAGUUCCUUGCAACAAACAACCUUGAUGGCAUUGCAUUUUCGGCAACCCAUCAAGAUGCUAUAGAUGUCGAACCAUUUGCAACGGAAUUUUGGAACCGCUCAACGAAAUUCAAGAAACAACCACUGGUGAUCAUAAUACUUGAAUUUGAAAAAGUCCGCGACUCCCAGGCUUUAGCAUAUGCUUUAACAGGAAAAUGCCAGUACUUGGUUCUCAGAAAGCAAGAUCCAAGGCCACCAAGCAGCACUUGUGCUCCCAGAUUUCCUAACAGGCCUCUAGAAGCAAACGAAGAGAUAGAAAUGAAAUAUCUCGAGCAGCGAUCAAGAAAUAGGACCAGCGUUUGUCUGUCAUUUACACUUGCUGUGCUCAACUUUCAUGGCGUCAAAAAACAGGGUCAUAGGAAAGUUUGUGAAAAGGAGCUCUGGGUAGGAUAUGACAAGGUUUGUCACUUGAAGAAUAUGCCCUCGGCCUCUGCCUAUGAGCUGAAAGAGAAGGACAAUGGGACUGAGAUGUUCAGCUACGAAGCAGAGCGAGCAAUGCGGGAAAAGGUAUCAAAAGUGACUGGGCAAGUUCACACGAUGUGUGCUGCAGCGUUUGAUGUUGAAUUUGAAGAUGUGGAAGGGAAGUGCCCAGCAUUGGGGGAGCCAUUUUCGAGGCUUCACACUCUGAAAGUUGUACUCGAAAAAGAACUUCCCGCUACACAGUCUCCUACAACUCAUGGUUCAAAAACAACAACACCACCAUUUCAUGGUGCCACUCGUAGCCUCAUCUGUCUUACCUAUAAGGCACGUGGUGUUGUAAAUUAUCUCACAAGAAAUCUCUGUGACUAUGUCAUCUAUAGCUUUGUCAAGUACAGCGAUGCUGGGCAUGAGUUUGUGCCCACAGAUGACCAAGAUUUUCAGAAUUUCAUUUCGCAUAACAAUGACCGAGCACCUUAUUUUAUUGUCGAGGUGGACUCGCUCGGCAUUGAUAUGCUGCACGGUGCCGAUAUUGAGCAUUUUAUGAAAAGCUUGGAUGCAUGGAUUGGUGCGAAUGAACUGAAAGGAAUUGCUCUGUUUGCUCAAAAUCGCCAGAAUGACGUGAGCAACCUAAUCACCACAGUUCAGGAUAUAUACACGCACUUUCAGAACACCGAUGAAAGCCGCAAACUGAUAGUCGGUGUCGACCAUAUUAACCCAUUUGAGGUGCGCAUUCCUCGUGAAUUUGCUGGGUACUGUGACUUCCUGAUUUUGAUGGCACAUCUACGAGAGCCACCUGCAGUUUGUGCUGUGGACUUCCCAUCCCGGGUUUAUGAGGAAGCAGACUACAAAUUUGCUUUCCAGCUGUGGUGGGAAUCAAGAGGCCAAACCACUGCCUGCUUUUCUGUCAACUUGGCUGUUCGGUCAUUUCUCGUAGCUGAGAGGAGAGAGACUGAAAUCUGCACCAAAGAAUCUCUGCAGAAUUAUGCUAUGGCUUGCAAUGCUACAAUUGAUCAUCCACUGAGCAAUAGCACUCUGACUGAAAUCAAGUACAUGCCUGGAAAGCAUCAGGUUGUGUCUUAUGAAGGAGCAGUGUCAUUAGAACACACGAUGUCAAUCUUGGACAAAAAAGUGGAUGACCUCUGUGUCGCAGCCUUUCGUGUGGACCUCGAUGACCCUAAUAAAGAAUGUGCAACAACUGAAGAGCCUUUGCCACGGCUGUCACUGAUCAGAAGUCUUUUGCACCCAAAAAAUGUCACUGUUGGGAGUACAGAGGCUUCUACAGAAGCUUCAGUGCCUGCAAGCCGAACGCAUCACAGCACAAAUAAACAUGCCCUAAUUUGUGUGACAACAUCUGCAGAUACACUGCCCUUCCUAAGUAAUUCUCUCUGCACUCAUCUUGUCUAUUCAUCAGUGUCCUAUGACAAGGAAGGUCAUUCAUACGUUCCUGCAAGUGAAAAAGCUUUCCGGAACUUUUUGGCAACUAAAAAGGAAGGGAGUCCUCUACUUUUGGCUGAAGUUGAUAGCUGCAUCACCGAUCCAUCAAGCAAAGGCACCGUACAUAAGAAUGCUUCUCAGGAACUGGCUCACUGGGUUCACAACUAUGAUCUGAAUGGAAUUGCAAUUUUUAUGAAGGCUGACGUGAAUGAGUCUGAUGAGUGGCCUGACUUUGCAGAUAGACUGUCGAAACAGUUUCACACAGACCAAGCAGGGCUCGUGCUUAUUAUUGGCAUAGAUAUGAAGAGUCGAUACAGCACUGCCUUGCGCGAGGCAUUCACUGGGAAGGCAGACUACUUAGUUCUUAUUACCAAUAUUAGGCAGCCCGAGACACCCUGCAAAGUGGGCUUUCCCUCCAGGCCUCACAAGGAAAGCGACACUGCAAAGAUGAGCAAAAUUGUGCAGCUGUCGAAAAAUGUGACUGUCCCCUGUGUCACAUUUAACCUUGCAGUUCGAAAAUUCCAUUUGGUGCAGCCAGGCUACAUUGGAGAUUCGUGUGAUGAAGAGCACUGGGUCGACUACUCAGAGACUUGCCGAACAACACCAAAGAAUGGCAACAAUCUCUAUGAAACCCGCUACACUUCCGGUGAUUCUGAUAUAUUGACGUAUGAAGGAAAGGUUUUCAUUCAGCAAAAGAUGUCUUAUCUGACUGGCUUCGAGCAUGACUUUUGUGUGACAGUAUUUGAAGUGGACCGUGAGAAUCCUACAGACAAUUGUCCAUCCGAAGGAGGACCCUUCUGGCGGCUACGCCUCAUCAGUGAAUACCUCUUGGACAUAGAAAAGACUGAUCGUGAAAUGAGGUCCACAUCAUCUACACCCAAUGAUGUGACUGUGAAGACAGUGUCAAAAGGAAAACGACGUGACCCAACCCCCCAAACUGAAACUGAACCCACAGUUCCAGUGACAUCUACUUCACAAACAGAGACAAAGGAGCCAUUUGUUUCAACAAGUGGGGACUAUGUCCACAAGAAGGCUCCAAAGUUCAGCCUAAUCUGUGUAGCCAGCAUGGUUGAUACAUUGCACUACCUUCUGGACAAAGUCUGCGACUACGUUGUUUACUCCAGCGUUGCCUACAAAGAUGUGGGUCAUAAAUUCGUUGCAGCAAAUGCGCGAGCUUUUCACAGCUUUCUGGCCCUUAAAAAGGACAACAUUUCCUCGGCAUUAUUGACCGAAGUGAAUGCCCUAAAAUCAGGCAGGCACACUUGAGGAGGAACACAAGGCUGAGAGCUUCAUCCGUGCCCUUCUUACUUGGAUGCGAAAGAAGGAACUAGACGGUGUCAUGCUGUCUUAUGAUACAUUUGUGACUAAUGCAGAAACCUUCAAGAAUGUG